AUAGAUUUUUUGAGUGAAAAUUUGGCAAAAAUUAUGUAACCCUCCUCCUGCCUCCAAUUUCACCCCUUCCCUUCUCUCUCUAGGGUUGCUGGAAAGCGGGUGCAGCUCCACUUUUUUUUGCUUCCAUCUUUGAAUCCAUGAUUCUUUUCUUGGAAUUUUUGGAUAUUUGGAUGCAUCUCAAGCAGGGGAAUCCCAAUUCGAAAUCACUUUUGAUGUUUUAUAGCUGGAUCUUGGAGUAUUGAAAGUCAAAGCUUCGUGGUUACUGUUCAUUCAGCGACCAAUUGACAAGCAUCGAGUCCUUUAGCGAUAUCCGUCAAACGCGAAGUUCUCUGAGAGCAAACAUGCUCGGGAAUGAAGAAUCCGACACACUUUUGACCCUGCUCAAAGCCGGAGACGAUCCACACCAGCCGUUGGAAUCCAUAGUCGACGAUUUAAAAUCAAAGCUCCAUUCUUCUCGCCACUUCAAUACCUGCGUCUCUCUCGCCUUGAUUCUCGAGGGAAAGUUUCUUAAACCAGCUCAGAGGUUGUAAAUGUAUCCAUUCAUCUCUAUGCUUGUAAAUCGACUUGCUUCAUCAAUCAACCCAUCCCCGUUGCUUCACUUUUUACUUCGUUCCACAAACUCCUCCUCCUCCUCCCCAGUUUCUACGGUAAUCUUAAUUUUCAUUACGUUCGUAUUUAUAUGGUGAUUAUUGCUUUUUGACUCUGAAUGCAUUCCUCCGUCCUGUUCUUGUUUUGGAUUUUCAAGACACUCUGAACGUGAAAAUUUGUGGGUUUUUUAUUUUUUUAAUAUAAAACUUGGUUUGUUAUAACUCUAUUAUUGUGGCACAUGGGUUAGUUAUAUAUUGAAAUUGGGUCGCUACUUUUGUUUUGUCAUCUUCUAUGAGAACCAAAAUCAGGAGAAAUUUUCAUGUCUGUGUAUCCUCUUACUUUCCUACAUUGAAAAUUAGUACAAUCGUGAUUAUGAAAGCUGUUUUUGUAGUUCUGUAUGACUGUUGAGUUUAAUCCAUCAACUCCCCACAAAAGGCAUCAUAAUCCACUUGGAUAUAUGCAACUUAAUCUGUUUUAUCGAAUUCAAAACAAACUAGAGGUGCAUUUAAUUUAUUCUUUUUUCUGAGUUUGAAACUCAAAUAUUGAGAAAUGGAAACUUAAAGUUGUAGGGGAAUUGUCUUAAUCUUGCAAGUUUGAGAGGCCAAAUAAGGUUGUUGCACCUAUAGAGGAACAAGUGAGGAACCCAAUCCUUGAGAUUCUUCGUGGAUUGAACUUGAAUCUCCCACCUGCCAGCAGAAACCUUAUAACUCCUGAAAUGAUCGUUGUGAAUCAAGAACUAAUUGUCGGAGACAACCACACAGAACGUAUAAUUUUUAGCCAUUCCAAAGAGUUGGUUGAACUUGCUAUUGAAGGGACAAGUUCAAUGAAGGAGCAGGAGGUGAAAUUCCCCAUAACAGACAGCUUGAUUGUUGAUUUUCACAGCAAACGACAACCUGCUCUUCGAGCAACAAGAGGCUCUUCAAUUUGGCGAAACCAGAGUUCCAAAAAUCUGAAGCAACAAGCUCGGAUUGACGGAUUAAUCGGCAAGAACAGCUCUCGCGGUACUGUUCAUGUCGCAAAUGAGAAACCCCCAUUGAGAGCUCUUUCAUUGAGAGCUCAUUACGACUUCUUCUCUAUGGCCAUAGAUGUAGUGGACAAGAGCUCCAUAGUCACCAUGGCGGCGGAUCUUGAGAGUAGGGAGGAGAUUGACACUCUAAGAGGAUUUGAGGGUGUAAUUGAAUGUUGAAAACAAAUAGAUAAGAAAAGAGAUAGAGGAAUUUAUUUGGACAGGUUCUUGGCAAAGAGUCAACUUUUUUAGUGGGAAUCUAAUUUUUUUACUUUAAAUUUUUGGGCGGACUUUUUCCCACUUAAAUAAAAUUUCAUCCUCGACAAUAUUUUUUUGAAGGGAGUUCAAUUUUUUGAGGGGAAUCCAAUUGUUUUGAAAUUUGUUCAUUUCGUUCAGAACAAAAGUUUUAUUAUAUACUCUCUCCGUCCACAAAUAAACUUCCUGUUCACUA